UCGAUGUCAACCAGCAACUAACAGAGCAUAUCAACUUGUGUCAUCACAAACCAGCUGCUAACGCACAGCAGCUGUUAGCGUCACAAGUCGAUAAGUGCACAUCAAGUUGAGACGAUAAUUAUAAGUCAGAGCUUGCGAAAAGGAAGCAGCCGCAGGUCGUCAUGCCACGAGGAAAAUACGUUAACCACAAAGGCCGCAGCCGCCACUUCACGUCGCCCGAGGAGCUGCAACAGGAGUCGGAGGAGGAGAGCGAUCAGUCGACUGGCAGCGAAACUGAGGAGCAGGCCGGCACUGCCGGCACAUCGAAACAGCCGGCUGGAACGGGCGGCAGCGCCGCAGCGCGCAAAUCAAGCAGGCCGGCCGCACAGCGACAGAAGCAACAGCAGCAGCGUCGCAGCUCAUCCGACGAGGAGUCCGACGAUGAUGACAGCGAUGAUGAUUCGGAGGCGGAAGCGCGUGAUGCCAAAAAGGGUGUGGCCGCUCUCAUCGAAAUCGAGAAUCCCAAUCGUGUGACCAAAAAGGCCACACAAAAAUUAUCGCAAAUCAAAAUUGAUGAUGCGGCCGGCGGCGGCGGCGGCGUCGGCGGCAGCAGCUCCGGCGGCGGCGGCAGUGGCUCCACCAAGCCAGAGUUGUCCCGUCGCGAACGCGAACAAAUUGAGAAGCAGAAGGCGCGACAGCGCUACGAGAAACUGCAUGCCGCUGGCAAAACCACCGAGGCGAAGGCGGAUCUCGCCCGGCUGGCGCUCAUCCGUCAGCAGCGAGAGGAGGCGGCUGCCAAGCGGGAGGCCGAUAAGAAAUCUGUCGCCGAUCUGUCCAAGAAGCCGCUAACCAAGUAGUAAGCCAUAGCUGCUGCGUAUUAGUUAGUCGGGCCAGACGAACGGGAUUAUGGCAAUCGCAUUCAAAUAAUAGUUCGAAUUUUCGUAUAAUUAACAAAUUGUUGCAUUUGCGACAACACAUUCUAACAACAACAACAACAACAGCAACAACAACAACAGAUUGUGAGAAACACGUAUGAAUAUCCUAUAAAAUGCAAUUGCUAUACAUAA